AUGAGCCGGGCGCGGCCCCGCCUCCCUGUCAUAACCGUAUACCUGGUGCGCGCGCGCGACACCGCGCGCCGCCCGCCGCCGCCUCGCGCUCAGUCCCGCUUCAGAUGGCGAGAGGUGCGCCCGGCCGCACUGUGCGAUCGCCCGCACUCCGACUCCGCACGCCGACCGGGCCGAGUACAGCCCCGCGCGAGUGACCCGCCGCGACGCCGCCCUAGCCCUGCCACCAUGCCGCGAGUCAAGCCCGCCUGCGUCCGACGCGUCUCCAUCGGUACUUACUCUACCUCUACUUCUCCAAACAUACGAGUCACAGCCACAGCACAUCACACCCACGACGAAAAUUGUGAAAGCUCCGGAUCCUGUUCGGAUGAAGAAGUUAACCAUGCCUUGCCAGAUGAAGCAAGAGAUCGGCCGGAGGCACACAUGUGUCCCCGCUGUCAAGAACAAUUCGAAAAUCUUCACGAUUUCUUAUAUCAUAAGCGACUUUGUGAUGAAAAAGCAAUGCAAAUGGGUGAAGAGAGGAUGCAUUCGGAUCCUGAGGAUAUGGUAGUUUCGGGAGAUGAAGAAAUGGAUGGUCCCAAUAAGCGAUUAGAACAAGUCAGGAGGCAUCGACAAGAUGCAGAAAAUAAUAAUAGUCUCGAAGAUGGCGAGGCUGAACUACCAGAAGCUGACGUACCCCCCGUGGGCCUACCCUUCCCUUUGGCAGGACACGUAACACUAGAGGCUCUACAAAAUACGAGAGUAGCUGUUGCUCAAUUCGCUGCAACAGCGAUGGCAAAUAAUGCUAACAAUGAAGCUGCUAUACAAGAAUUACAAGUGCUCCACAACACGCUUUAUACUCUACAGUCACAACAAGUGUUUCAACUGCAAUUAAUACGUCAACUUCAAAACCAGUUAUCGUUAACUCGACGGAAAGAAGACGACCCACAAAGCCCACCGCCAAGUGAACCAGAACAGAAUGCCCCGUCAACGCCGGCUCGAUCACCGUCGCCGCCGCGUCCGCCACGGGAGCCAUCUCCUAUUAUACCCUCUCCUCCUACUAGCCAAAGCUUGCCGUCGAAUCACACACACCUUACACCCAAAACAGAACAGAUUUCUAUUCCUAAGAUUCCAACCUCAUCACCGUCUUUGAUGACCCACCCACUAUAUAGUUCCAUUUCUUCAUCAUUAGCGUCUUCAAUUAUAACGAACAAUGAUCCUCCGCCGUCUCUCAAUGAACCGAACACACUUGAAAUGCUUCAAAAAAGGGCACAGGAAGUACUCGACAAUGCGUCACAGGGUCUCCUAGCAAAUAAUCUUGCUGAUGAAUUAGCUUUUCGGAAAUCUGGAAAAAUGUCACCUUAUGAUGGAAAAAGUGGUGGCCGUAACGAACCAUUCUUUAAGCAUCGCUGUAGAUAUUGUGGAAAAGUAUUCGGUAGCGACUCUGCACUUCAAAUUCAUAUUCGUUCUCACACAGGGGAAAGACCGUUCAAAUGCAAUGUAUGUGGGUCUCGAUUCACAACCAAAGGAAAUCUCAAAGUUCAUUUCCAAAGGCAUACUUCGAAAUUCCCACACGUCAAAAUGAACCCCAAUCCCGUUCCGGAGCAUUUGGAUAAAUAUCACCCACCAUUAUUAGCGCAAUUGUCACCGGGGCCUAUUCCUGGAAUGCCACCACAUCCACUUCAGUUCCCUCCGGGAGCACCAGCUCCUUUUCCGCCAAGCUUGCCAUUAUAUAGGCCAUCACAUCAUGAUUUAAUGCCUCCGCGCCCUUUGGGUGAUAAACCACUUUCACAUCACCCUCUUUUUGCUAUGAGAGAAGAACAAGACGCACCAGCUGAUCUCAGUAAACCUUCCGCACCUAGCCCUCCUAGACCCACAUCUGAUAUUUUUAAGUCUGAACCACAAGAUGAAGAGAGUCAACGAGAUUCCAGUUUUGAAGAGACUGAUCGUAUAUCACCUAAGCGAGAAAUUGAAGACAGUGACAUAGGGCAAGAUGCAGAACAAGAUAGAUACCCAUCGACAUCACCGUAUGACGACUGCAGCAUGGAUUCCAAAUACAGCAACGAAGAUCAUAUUGGCAGAGAAAGUCCACACGUGAAGCCCGAUCCAGAUCAACCGGAAAAUCUCUCAAGUAAGACUUCAUCGAUAUCGGGACCAAUUUCAAUAGCAACGGGACUUCGUACUUUCCCUUCAUUUCCACUGUUCCCGAACUCUCCACCAAGCAGUGUUUCUUCGGGUAGCCUUACACCAUUCCAUAACCAUCCCAAUAGUACAAUGGACAGUGCUCUCACACGCGACCCCCUGUUUUAUAACGCAAUUUUACCGCGUCCUGGUAGUAACGACAACUCUUGGGAAAGCCUUAUUGAAAUCACAAAGACAUCCGAAACGACCAAAUUGCAACAGUUAGUAGAUAAUAUCAAUAACAAAGUUUCAGAUCCAAACGAAUGUAUUGUAUGCCAUCGCGUUUUGUCUUGUAAAAGUGCUUUACAGAUGCACUAUCGAACUCACACCGGUGAACGACCGUUUCGCUGCAAAUUAUGUGGCCGUGCUUUUACCACUAAAGGAAAUUUGAAAACGCAUAUGGGCGUGCAUCGUAUAAAGCCUCCUUCACAGCUGUUACAUCAAUGUCCCGUGUGUCAUAAAAAGUUUUCGGAUCCAACCAUGUUACAUCAACAUAUUCGUCUUCACACGGGUGAAAGAUGUAAUAAUAUAUAUUUCGAUCAAUUCGCGAUCAAUCGCGAUCAUGAAAUAAACAAUUGCCAGUCAUUAACCGGAUCAGACAUUACUGAAUAUAAUCCUUACUAUCCCAAUCCGCCUCCGAUUUUUCCCACUCCUUCCACUCCCGGCGACCGAAGGGCGGACUCCCGCGGGACCGACGACGAGAGCGGCCGAGACGAGCGCGAGCCCGCUACUCGGGAGUUCGACGACGAACCAGAUAUUAAAGAUCGUCGAACUUCGCCGCUCUCCGUCUGCGCCUCGGCGUCCGAAUUUGAAGUAAAAACCAUCACCACAACGGCUUCCCUCCCAUCGGCGACAGGUUCGGAGAGCGGGCGGAGUGCACGGGCGUCGCCGCCGUCACCAUCACCAUCGCCGUCGGCGCUGUCCACGCCGCCGAGGCUGCCUCACCACUCGCCGCUGCCGUCGCCCCCGACGCCUCUCGCCGCACUCGGCGCUCUGGGUGGAUCGCCCUUCAGCCCGCUCGGACUUGCCUUUCCUCCCGCAGUGCGAGGCAACACGACGUGUACCAUCUGUUACAAGACAUUUGCCUGCAACUCGGCUCUGGAGAUCCACUACCGGAGCCACACCAAGGAACGUCCUUUCAAGUGCACCGUCUGUGAUAGAGGCUUCUCUACCAAGAGCAGUGGCGGCGGUUGUCAGUGCGGAAGGCGUGCGCGCGCACCCCGCCCGCCGCACGCCACUGCUUUGGAUCUCUGGAACGCCUUCGUCUACCCGGGCAACAUGAAACAACACAUGCUCACGCACAAGAUAAGGGAUAUGCCGCCUGGUUUCGACAAAGGGCCCAGUGGUCCUUCCGGGCCCCCUAGCGAGGACGGAAGAGACCCUAGCCCUGACAGGCGGUCUUCCCCGGAAAAAAUGGACCUGAAGAGAUCGCCGCCGGCCCAUCCUCCACCCCCAAUGUCACACCCACCUCCGAUUGACAUGCCACCACUACCGAAAAGACCUACCGUGCCCAGUCUCCCAAGUCACCCUCCACCAUCAGCGUCUUCGAAGCACCUGUGCGGUGUUUGCCGAAAGAACUUCUCCUCGUCAUCAGCCUUGCAGAUACACAUGCGCACGCAUACGGGGGACAAGCCAUUCCGAUGUGCAGUCUGUCAAAAGGCGUUUACUACCAAAGGCAACCUUAAGGUCCACAUGGGAACGCACAUGUGGAGUGGGGGCGCGUCACGGCGAGGGCGACGCAUGUCCCUAGAACUACCUCCGCGACCACUUCAUGAGCCACACGAGCUGCUACGUCGCCCAGACCUGUUCUACCCCUACCUACCAGCGCCAUUCCUCAACGGCAUGCAACAGAAGCUGAACGAGAUAUCUGUAAUACAGCAGAACGCCGGACAAAACGGCGUAGCUGGAAAGUUCCCUGGUUUACUCGGUUUCGGAGCGUUUGGGGCAGGAAGACCGGGUGCCGCUUCGCCGCUCGAGAGGCCGCCUUCGCUGGAAGGCGGAGACGAGCGACAAGCAGCGAUGCGGGAACUAGCCGAAAGAGGACGAGAACUGGCAGAAAGGAGUCGGCAAAUGCGCGAGGAAAGCGAAAGGGAGCAUUACAGAGCGGCUGGCGGACAUCCCGCGCAUGCGCUCGCGUCCAAUCCCGCGCAAGCUUCCCCGCCCGCGCCGCACGCACAUCCGCAUCCUCUCGCCUCGUUACCGCCGCCCGCGCGAACUGAAGGCCUCACCGUAUAAAAAGAUGGGACCCGACACAAAUUGGAGCUCCCAAACACAUUCCAGUAAUCUCCGAUCCAAACUCAGUGGUGAGCCCGCAGCGGCUGAUAUUGUGCGAGUUAUUAUCGGUUUAAUGAACUUUAAAAUAAAGUCAUCUUAUCAUACUCUUGUACAAAAAAUGCACGGUUCGAGAUGCGAUGGACUAUUUGUAAUUCGAAUCGCUCGAAAUGUUUCGUUUGAUAUCGUAUAAAUUCGUGUUGAAUGUAGCGCUGUGUAUUGACUUAUUAUUACGCCUAGUAUUAUGUAGGUAACUUAUAUGCACGAGUACGGGCCUGGGGCAAUUGGGGACUCGAUUGAGUCCCGCGUUUAUGUCAUUACUCUGUGAUAGAGCACGACAAAGAGCCGCGUCCUUUUACCGAUACGACAUUCGGAAUACUCUGUAUAGAUUCUUAUCUAUCGAGGACGCGGCCUAGUGUGCUAUGACAUCAAA